UAUUUUUUGAGUUAAUAUACAAUUUUUAUCGAAUACAAAAGCAAUGUUUAAAGUUGGAUACUCAUAGUUGAUACUCAAUGUUAAUAUUUAUAUUGUUUUGAUGUGUUGCAGUUAACAGUGAGAUACCGAAAUGCCUUCAAUUACAAAAAUCGAUCCACAAUUAACAAAAUUAAAAUCAGAUGAAAAUUUAUUAAAAUAUUUCAUAAAUGAUUUUCGUAAAGGCUACGUUGAGGUAACUAAUAAAAAAUUUGUUUUACCACAAUAUUACAUGGAAUUUAUGGACGAGAUAGAAAAUUUCGAAGUGUAUGAUACUGACGUAUUUGUAGUAACACACCCCAAAACAGGUAUUACAUGGGCUCAAGAAAUGGUCUGGUGUAUUGGACAUAAUCUAGAAUGUAGUAAUGUUGAAAUUUAUCGACGAUUUCCAUUCUUAGAAGUGACUUCGCUAUUUGAUACACGUGAUUGUCCCGAACUAUUUGGAGAGAAUGCUGAGAGUGACUUUUUUAAUAAUUCAUUAGAAUAUGUUCGAAAUUUACCACGUCCAAGGUAUAUAAAAACACAUUUACCUUGGGAUUUAUUACCGAAACAAAUACGAACGGGAGAACGUAAACCGAAAAUUAUUUACGUGUAUCGUAAUCCAAAAGAUACAAGUGUUUCAUAUUAUCAUCAUUGUCAAAGUGGAGAAGGAUAUUCUGGAGACUUUAAUAUCUUUAUAGAUUUAUUUUUAAGUGGGCGGUUAGCGUAUGGUCCAUUCCCAGCGCAUGUAUUGAGUAUGAUGGAACAAAAAGAUCGUGAAAACGUUUUAAUUAUUAAGUAUGAAGAAAUGAAAAGUGAUUUGAGAGCUGUGAUAAAACAAGUGAUGGAAUUUUUAAGUAAAAAUUAUUCGGAUGAGGAAAUUUCAAAACUUGAAAAACAUUUGUCGUUUGAGUCAAUGAAAAAUAAUAAAGCUGUAAAUUAUGGCCAAGAUUUUGGUGGUAAUUUUAUGCGUGCUGGAAUUAUUGGUAGCUAUAAAGCUGUUAUGACACCGGAAUUAAUUAGUCGAUUUGAUAAAUGGAUUGAGGAUAAAUUUGGCAAGACGGAAAUAUAGAAUAAAGAUAUAAAUUUAAUUACUUUAAUAAAGAUAAAAAUUUAAA